AUGCGUGGUAAAAUCUACCAAUGCAGUAAACGAUUCGAAGUUAUCAGAAAAUUAUCGAAUGUAAAUAGACAUAAGAUGAUGUAUACCAGGGAGAUGCCUUUUGAGUAUAAAAAAUAUGGGAAAGCCUUAAAUCUAUGCUCAAACUUGGAUAAACACAAGAUAACCCAUUUUGUGGAAAAGCAGUACAAAUGUAAAGAAUGUGGCAAAAUCUUUAAAUCUCCCUCAAGACUGUCUAAUCACAGGGGACUUCAUACUGCAGAGAAAAUCUCCCAUUCUGAGAAUGAUGACAACCGCCUUAGCCGCAGCAAAAAAUGUUCUAACUAUAAGACAAUUUAUAAUGUAGAGAAUCCCUACAAAUGUGAAGAAUGUGGCAAAGCCUUUAACUAUUACUCAAACCUUUUGGUACAUCAAAGAAUUCAUUCUGGAGAGAAACCCUACAAAUGUCAAAAAUGUGGCAAAGCCUUUACCCAGUACUCACAGCUUUCUAGACAUCAAAAACUUCAUUCUGGAGAGAAACCCUAUAAAUGUGAAGAAUGUGGAAAAGCCUUUACUCAGUACUCAACACUUUCUAUACAUAAAAGAAUUCAUUCUGGGGAGAAACCCUACAAAUGUGAAGAAUGUGGAAAAGCCUUUAACCAGUCUUCAGCCCUGUCUGUGCAUAAAAGAAUUCAUUCUGGGGAGAAACCCUACAAAUGUGGAGAAUGUGGAAAAGCCUUUAAAACUUCCUCAAAUCUCUCUGUACAUAAAAGAAUUCAUUCUGGCGAAAAACCCUACAAAUGUGAAGAAUGUGGCAAAACCUUUAACGAUUACUCACACCUUUUUGUACAUAAAAGAAUUCAUUCUGGGGAGAAACCCUACAAAUGUGGUGAAUGUGGAAAAGCCUUUAAAAAUUCCUCAAAUCUCUCUAUACAUAAAAGAAUUCAUUCUGGGGAAAACCCCACAAGUGUCUAG